CAGCAACGGCGGCGAACAUCAUCGUAACCGCAACAGCGGCCCCCGGCAGCCGCUUCCAUUCCUCCACAAGCUCCGGCACCACCACCAGCGCCCCCGGUGGCGGGAGCCGUAAGCUGAGCUUCAACAUCGGCAAGAUGGAGCACGCCGAUUUAGUCGCCGAGAUGGCUCAGGUCGAGCAUCUCUCCACGCAGGACCGGCUGCAUCUCGCGCGCAUGCGUCGAGCACAGCAGUUAAAGGUUGCAAAACAGAAGGAAAAAGAAUGGCUAAAAGCACAGCGAAGUCGAGAUCGGAUGGGGACACAGACAUCCUCAUACAAACGGCACAUCACGUUCGAGGACAGUGUCGUCCUGUUGGAGGCUGCGGCACGAAAUGACAUAGCAGAGGUGGCAAAACUCCUCCAGAAGGGUGUCACACCGGAUGCAACGAACAUGGAUGGACUGACAGCACUGCAUCAGUGCUGCAUCGACGACAAUGCGGAAAUGUUGAAUCUGCUUCUCGAUUACGGUGCGAACGUAAACGCACAGGAUAGUGAACGGUGGACACCACUGCACGCCGCUGCCACCUGCGGGCAUCUGAAUCUGGUGAAGAUAUUGAUAGCACGUGGUGCGAACCUGCUGGCGGUUAAUGCGGACGGUAACAUGCCGUAUGACAUCUGUGACGACGAGGAAGCGCUCGAUUACAUCGAGGCGGAAAUGUCCAAGCGGGGCGUAACGCAGGAGCUGAUCGACGAGACGCGGGCGGCUACCGAAACUCAGAUGCUGCACGACCUGCAAGACAUUGCGCUGCAGGGUGGUGAUCUAGAAAUACCGGAUCCACAAGGUGCAACACCACUUCACAUAGCAUCCGCCAACGGGUACACACGGGUCGUCGAGUUCCUACUGGAGCAUCACACAUCGACCGAUGCUGUCGAUAACGAUCUCUGGACACCGGUACAUGCAGCUGCCUGUUGGGGUCACCUGGAAGUCCUUGAAAUGCUUGCCCAAAGUGGAGCCGAUUUGAAUGCCAAAAAUAAGAACGACGAAACACCUUCCGAUAUUUGCGAAGAUCCAGAAAUACGAGAACGAAUAGAGCAGCUGAAGACGGAACAGGAGAGCAAACGGUUAGCAGAAGCGCAACGCAAGCGUGUCCGGCGGUCGCAGAGUAACAACACGAGGGCACAAUCGGUGAGACGAACAUCACUGCGUGAUAAGGGCCUAACUACCAAGAAGGAUGCGGUGGAGGAGGCCCGUUUCCGACUACAAGCGCAAGAGGGCUACACAACCCCGGACGGUGUGGCAGCAGCAACGGCAACCGCGACAACGAUCGCAACCGCACCCGCGACAGCAAACGGUGACAAUAACAAUCAGUCAUCGUCCACCGCCUCGGUUUCAUCCUCCUCCGUGCGCACUAACGCAUCCUCCCAGCAUGCCAACAACUCCUCCGCAUCUUCCACCACCACCACCAGCACCACAUCCACCUCCAAUACAAGCACGUCCAACAGCACAACCACCACCAGCAGCAGCAGCACUACCACCAUCAUCAGCAAUGGCAGUAGCAAUAACAAUAACCUUCCCCACAAUCACAACCUCCUGCAUCACAACCAUCACAACGGCAACGGUGUUGCCACCACCCAUCUGCUGAUGAACAGUGUAAAUAACAACAGUCUCCCGAACGGUGGACCGAUCGUGAACGGCGGCAGCGGUGGUGGUGGUGGCGGUGGACUAAGCAACAAUGUGCGCCACAUGAACAGCAUCAACAACAACCAAAGUAGCAGCCUGCAGCGGCACCAUCAUCGGGGCAAGAAUACGGGCUCGCCUGUGAGCGGUGGUGGCGGUUCGCCCACGCUCAAUCAGUACGAUAGGCGGUCGCCGGACGGUAAGGAUAAUGAUGAGACGUACCUGAUCGAGUCGAAGGGAUCGGGGAUCGGGUCGGGCGGUCCCGGCACGGGUGGUGUUGGUGUCGGUGGUCUAGUCAGCAAUCAUAACAGUAGCAAUGGUGGUAUGGGAGGUGGCCAUCAUCAUCUGCACCAUCACGGUUCGGUUAACAUUCCAGCAGGAGGAGGAGGCGCCCUGUCGGCGGCCACUGUUACCGGGGGUGGUAGUGGUGGGGGUACGACGGCCGCCGUUGCAGCCACCGCCACCGCCGCCGAGGUGUACUCCACGUCCAACAGCGAGAACGGCAAGAUCAACGUCCAGGUGACGGUCCUAGUCGAUCCCUCUGUCGCAGGAACGCUGGCCGAUCUGAAGAAACACCGAUCACAGAAUCGCUCCAGCGUUAGCCCGGAAAACGGUUCCCUGCUCAGCGGUACCGCCCCAAGCCUGGCGGGCAGCAUCGGUAACGGCACGGGCAAUGGUUCCACAACACCGAACGGUGCCAGUUCCGGUACGCCCCUGGAACUGUCGCUCGUAUCGAACGAUCUGCAGCAUCACCAUCAUCUGCACCAUCCGCAGCACGGCUCGCCACAUCUCAACAAUCGGCACCACGCGCAGCAACAGCAUUACGGUGAAAUCGGUACCGGAAACGGAUCCCUGCACGGUGGGCCGAUGGCGACGGUCGCUGCGAACGGGGAAAGUGAAGCGGGCACGCCGGGCGGUACGCUGUCGAAGUUUAGCGGCAAUACCAGUGACGUCGUGAGUGAUAGCACACGUUCCAGACGAUGCUGUGUGGUGAUGUAGAA